GAUAUAGUGAAUGCAGGUUCCUGGGAGACCAGAUAUAGUGAAAUGCAGGGUCUGGGGAGACUAGCUAUAGUGAAUGCAGGGUCCUGAGAGACCGGAUAUAGUGAAUGCAGGGUCCGGGGAGACCAGAUAUAAUGAAUGCAGGGUCCGGGGAGACCAAAUAUAGUGAAAUCAGGGGUCCGGGGAGACCAGAUAUAGUGAAUGCAGGUCCGGGGAGACCGGAUGUAGUGAAUGCAGGGUCCGGGGGAGACCAUAUAUAGUGAAUGCAGGGUCCUGGGAGACCGUGAUAUAGUGAAUACAGGGUCCUGGGAGACCAUAUAUAGUGAAUGCAGGGUCCUGGGAGACCAGAUAUAGUGAAUGCAGGGUCCUAGG